AUGACGACGGAGAAUGAGAAGUCGGAGACAGUCCCAUCCUGGGAGGGCGACGUUGCCAGUUUCGACUCGUAUGUGACGCGGGUCCACCUCUACGUGCACGGCAUCAAGAAGGACGAAAAGGGUCUUUGCGGCCCGAGGCUGAUGUCGAAGCUCCAUGGCCGCGCAUGGCAGGGUGUACAGAAGUAUGACCAGAUGGACUCCCUCGAUGAUGUCACGGAGAACGCGACGACGAAGUUGCUCAAGGGAGUCAGCCAGCUGCCCAGAUACCUCAAGGGGAAGAGUGGCAUCCCUGAGGUGUUGGCUUCGGUGCAGAACAUAUACGGGUACCAGCUGAUCCAACAGACCCUCGGCGUGCAGUUCGACAAGAAGCAUGAGCAUGACAGCGGCCACAAGCAGUACCAGAACCGCUGGCAGCACCGCCAGAAGAACUACCUGGCCGAGGGCGACGAUGACGAUAUCGGCGCGACGCUCCAGGAGAUCGUGGACCAAGCGGGAGACGACGAGGAGCUGAAGAUGGAAAUGCUCGAGGGCGCAGUUUACGCGGCAGCUCAGCACGGGCAACGCUCCUUCAUGCAGGCUCGAGAGCUGAUCCGUCAGAAGAAGACGAACCGCAAGUUUUUCGGCACGAAGAAGUUCGUGGCACCCGGCAAGGGGUCUGGGUCUCAGGCUUCGACGCGUGGCCCACCGAGUUCCGCCAGCAGCCACCAUCAUGUCAAGAAGGACAAGGACUCGUGGAAGACAGACCCGAACACCAUGUGUUUGAGGCGCGGCGGCUACGGGCACAUCGCCAAGGACUGCAAGGCACCUGCCAAGCUUCAGCACGGGCGCAGUCCGAAUACGAACUACAGCGACCAAGAUACGAUCGACCAGAGGCCGAAUAUGAACUACAGCGACCAAGAUGCGAUCACGCAGGACCCGAAUGCGAACUGCAGCGACGAACACCCAAGGAGCGACCACGAGGCAUCGCCGCCGACAUAG